AUGAAGGGAAGGACACGGAAAGAGAAGCGUGUGCAGCCGAGGCAGAGGAUUGCAGUACAUGUGGCGGGUUCUUAUUCUGAUGUUGUGGACUCUUCCGAUAGGUUAGAUAGGCAGUGGAACGGAUUUUUGAAUCAAGAUUCGACGUAUUUUCCAAAUAGGGCGCCGUCGUCAACAGGGAACUCGCGCAGUGCGGACAACUCAAAUCAAAUAUUGUCGGUUAUACCGCACCCACCUGUACGGUGUGACACUAAAGUGGCAUCAUCUGCAACAACAUGGCACCUGGACCCAACUUGCUUGCCUGACAAUACUUUGGAGGCAGAAAAGAGAUCCAUUCAAUUAUUGAAAUUGCCUUCUUUUUUCUCAGUGGGGAAUACAGAUGAAACGUCGGCAUGUAGUCACAAAGACGAAUACAAGACAUUGAAUUCUUCUAAUGCUCUUAUGGGGCACGAAGCCCCUGUUUUGACGGCAUUAGGAUCAAAUGAGCCACCAAUGUUGAACGCUAGUCUCUCCGCAGAGGCUUUACCAAGGCGACAGCCUCGACAGAACAGCGAACCUCAUGAAAUUGAAGAGGACUCUGCAGCGGAUGAAAAGGGGCUUGGGAAACAACACCACAGAGUGAACCAUACAAUACCUGAAACGAACGCUAUUACGGCCGGUCAAUUGGAUACUUCGUGUGCUUUUAGUGAUGGUAAUGGAAAUACCGUAAACGUUGCUAAUACGAGUCGUGUGGGUGACCCUGCUCAGUCACCGAUAUCAAAGCCCCAGGAAUUAUGUUGUGAUUGGGCAUCAUGUGACUCCAUUGGCGCCAACUCCUUACCUUUGGAAAAUAAAGAAUCAAAUGCGUCUUCUGCUUCUCCAUGCGCCGUGCGUCCGGAUGCUUCAAAGAACAUGAACUUUGAAAUGCAUCAUACGCACGAAGGACAUAGGGAAGAAGGUAAUGAGGCAAAAAGUGGGGAUUCUAGGUGGUGUCGAACGCGAGGGCUUCCGCUAGUUUCUGUGCUAGUACCGUACUUCCUAGUCCUUCUCUGCUUGUCUCUGUUCUGUUCUCUAACACCGUAUUACGUGACGAUGUUUAACGUUCGAGAUUCCGUUAUGGAGAUUCAUGACUAUAUUCGUCUUGAGCUCCAGUCACAGCUAGACAGCGCGCUAAAUAUUGCUGGUGUCUUGGCAAACGUUUUCGUCGCUCUGUACAUUCGAAAUGAGCGGCAUCCGAAUCCAAACGAUGAGUGGGUGCCGAUGGGCGUUCAAAUGUCGCAGCGUUUGUGUGCUGCGUUACAUAACAUGGAUCAUCAUAGGCUACUAACCCAUGCUUAUAUUGCCUCUAUCCAGCGUGACGAGAUUGCACUUUGCACAAGAGGAUUUCAUCCAUACUAUCUUUCCACAACUAAUCGGAACUCAACCGAUCGUGCAAUUGUUUCCCUUCUCGCUGUUGACCCCGUAACAAUGACACUACUUGACCCACCAUUGGUUUUGAAGGAACUUCACACGCCCUUUCAGCUGAAGGAUCUUGUAAAUAAUUUGACUCCCACAGGGAGUCUGCUUAAGGCAUGGAAGGCGGAUGUGGAUGCAGGGCGCGAGCCAAGAAUGCAACAGUGGAUGGUAGAACACUUUCUCAACUCAGGGUACGCAUACACGCACCCGUUUAUUGAGAAGAAUGGCUCCGUUGCGUUUGUGAAGGUUUCAAUUGACCUUAGAAAGGUAAUUGAUCAAGUUCUAGUGGAUAAAAGUGGGUCACUUCAUUCAACUCGUGUCAUGUUGCUUGAGAAUGGUGAAGAUUUUGAAAAACUGACGCUGGUCGCGAGCAAUUCUCAUGGGAAAUGGGAUUCGGGGAACAAACGAGGGGAACUUGGACUUUCACCCGUCUCAAAUCCGAUGGAAGGUGACGAAUAUGGUGAGCAUAUUUUUUUUGGAACUAGUUUCGGCGAAGGGAAAACUGGGGGUUUGCCUGCUUCAAGGAAAAGAUGGAAGUUGGAGGAUCCGUUAAUGCGCAGGGCUUUUCAGUAUGUAAAGAUGAAGGAGGUCUUGGCGACGGUGCGCAAGGGAAAGGCCUUCCAUACCAGGUUCCUGUACCGCGGAGCAUUGAGCACCUUUAGUGUCUCCUUGAUGCAAUCAGAGCACAAUGCCACAAUGCUCUUGUUCGUUGUAGCACCUCACCUCUACAGUGAAGGCCUCCAAACCCCUCAUUUACUCAGUUUUGUUGGAACCUUUCUCACCACACUCUCGUCAACUCUGCUGGUUUAUGCUGUCCUCACCAUCUUCGUCAGUCGUCCACUGCAUAAUAUUGCGGCAGAGCUUCGUCUGACGGCAAAGGUGGAGGAUACUUCGCUCAGUGAUUCUUCCACGAACGCCGGUAACAAAAGCGACAGAUUUGCAUUGCUGGAGAUAUACGUACUAGAAAGUGUGGCCGCCUCACUGAGGGAUCAAAUGUGUCACCUCCGCUCCUUCUUACCCCAAGGGCUCUCAUCGUUAAGGCCUAUCAGUGAAGAGCGGGGAUCGCGCUACAUGGACACUGGCGUUAAGAAUGAAACAGGUGGUAGGAGUCUGAUGAACAAAGGGAAUAAUAAGGCAUUUAUGCCUGAGUCUUGCCUCAAAUGUGUAAAAGAAUCGGGGAUUGGGGUAAGUGGAAUUUAUGGUCCACAAGAGCAACUUAACGUCUUUGAGGACAUUAUGUGUUCCGUGGUCUCUGUGCACAUCUUGGAUAUCAAAACAAUUGUGGAAUAUGCAAGUGAAAUAGCAAAUAUCGUGGUGGAGGCAGCCAGAAAGUUCGGAGGAGGUAUUGAUGUUUUUCUACCAGAAACCUUUAACCUGAAUUUUCCUCGUCGGGGAGAAAGUCACUCCGAUAAGCUGGACGCAAUACUUUGCGCUCUUGAAAUUCAUCACAAACUCCCUGAUGUCGUGAGGUGUUGCUGUGUCAUUCUUGUUGAUAGCGGUAUCUUUCAUUUUGGCGUCUGCGGUGGUCCGGAGAAGAAAGAACCCGUCUUAUGGGGCAGAACCAUCAGUACAGAUCUGAUUCACGUGCAGCGUUGUUAUGGUGUUUCGCUUGCCAUACUUCAAUCCACAGUUCCCUUCAUUCGUUCCCGUGUUAAUGUGUUGCCUUUUGCAUCGGUUCGUGUUCAUGCGCCAGAUAUGUCACCUAAAGUUACGUUUCAUAUCGUUAUUGAAGAUAUUGUAAAUGAAUCGUCAUGGCAGUGCGUGGAGGAGACCUAUUUGAAGGGGUUUCGCUACCUUACGGUUAAGGCCUUGACGGAGGCACGUAUGUGUUUUGAAAGCCUUCUCGCCUCACCGUAUGUGACGCCCCAGCUGUUAUGCCUUCUUCGUUGUCAACUGGCUCAGGUGCAACAAUGUGAAGUUAAGUCGGGUACUACUAUUGCACCAGAGCGAUGUCAUUUAGGCUCAGAUCGUGUAGAUACCACGACAUCAAAGUGGUCACCUCUCUCAAUAUUACACAGUGAAAGCACCAUGACAGGGGCGCAUCACCACAUACACACUUCACGCGAAUCACGGAGACGACCCACAUAUAGUGACACCUCAAGUGUUUUGUCAGACGCACAACUUGCUUCGGCAGGAAUAACCAUCACUUCUGAAUUUUGGGACAAAAAAAAUGUUAGAUGGAAGCGUGCGGCUGAAGGCUUUCCAGAAUGCGGUCGAUUUCCUGUCUUUCUAGGCAUCAGUGAUACAGGCACUCUCGCAGCACUUAAAUUUGUGCCGAUUUCAUCGCUUCAAGAGUAUGGAUUUGCGGACCUGGAAACCCUUGAACGCGCCUGGGCGCAUGCACAGACACUUUACCACGAGAACAUCGUACAGUUUCUUGGCUAUGGUCGAUCAAAGGAAUAUGUGUGUAGUAUUGUGGAAUAUGUUCCUGGUGGAUCACUGCGUGAUACACUGCGGCGAUACGGCCGUCCCUUGCCACUCAUGGCGAUAAAACGUUUUUUGGUAAGUGCAUUGCGGGGACUGGAGUACCUACACAAUCGUGGUCUCGUUCAUGGCAGUCUUCGACCAGAAGGUGUACUAGUGGCGGUGGAAGGAUUAUACAAAUUAGGGGGAACCAGCACGGCAUGUACAGCAGAGGAAGCAGCCUCAACGACAGCAGAGAGUCUGCGGCUACAAUCUUGCAGCAAUAGAUGGGCUUAUAGCAGUCCAGAGGUCUUUACUAGUGGUCAAAGAAGCGCAGCAGCAGACAUUUACGCUGUGGGCGUCAUUUUGCUGGAGUUGAUUACAAACCAAAUGCCGUGGCGCUGGAUGGACCUAACAGCGGCAAGUCAGCGGAAGGAAAGUCCUGCCGCUGAGGAUGAAACCACUUGGCAACAAAACGCAAAGAAAACCGUUACCGAUCUAACUGCAAUUCUGUCAGAUUAUGAUUCCAUGAAAGAGGCUCAAAUGCAAGGAGGCAUUUCCUUGGUUGAAAUUCCGCGGGAGGGGGAUGCAAUCCUUCAAGAGGUACUAAGAAGCUGCUUGGUAACAGAUCCCAAGGGACGCAAAACGGCUUCUGAGCUUCUGCAGCUCCUGCAUAACAUGCAGUGA